GUUGGUUUUUUCGACUUAUGGGUUGGGUUUUCCCGAGGAAUGACAUGACUAUCUUCCGAUUCACAUUUUUGACCCGGGAGUAGUACUCAAAUGUAAACCUGAACUCAAUCACAUCUUAUUGACUUUAUCAUGUGUGCUCCUACUUCAAUGAAAAACAAAAAAGCGCAUCUGCGCUGCGUUGCGCUCCACCUCUCGAUCUUCGCUGCUCGCUGGGCAAUAUUAUUUGAAGAGGCUGUUGUAGUGGCUGCGGAAAGUAGUAGAACAGGUUCAACUAGUACUGGUGACCCGGUUGAAGCAGGGAGAGGUAUCUGGGAAGAGCGAGACGAACACUACCGCAAAGAGCAGCGCCGACUUCUGGCUACGCGCCUGACCCAUGAUGUGUUUUUGGCCAACGAGAACACGCAAAUCUCCGAGGAGGUCGACGGUCACCAUGUGGCCGCAAAGCAGAAACAAGCAGCGGAGUUUUGGAGAGGAGCUGAAGUAGAAGAAGCGGCCGCAAGUGUUCUCGCGCAAAUCAAGCAGAGCCAGGACGAGGGGACUGGCGCGGCGCAGUGGGCGCAGACCGAGACAGAGAAAAUGAUAAAGCGCACCGGGGGUGACCUUGCUGACGACAGAAUCGAGAUGCGUGACUCGUUCCAGCAGCAACAGCAACUAGAAGAAAUAGAGCCGACCUCUGCGUACAAUCAUGCCACGAGUUUUACAGCGAAAGGAACUGCAGAAGAACCCCCGGGAUCGCCCGGAACCGCAGUUCAAUUUCUGGAAGCGGGAUUCGGAGAACGUCUGCCUUUAGCAGAGGGACAACAGGAACAGCACCGAGGGACGCCGUCAAAUACUAAAGUCGUCAGGAACUACCAGCCCCAGAAAGUACAAGGUGCAAACUCUGUGCCUACUUCCGCGGAAGACGGCACUGAAGCUGGAGAUGGCUUCGCGUGGCAGCAAAAGGUGGAGCGACUGGAGGACGUGGUAAGCGAACUGGGGGAAAUUGUGCGGCACCUGCGGAAAGAGCUGGCAACCCAGCAAGUUUUCCAGAACACGACCGCGGCUCGCAUCGCGAGUGCGGGUGCAGUCAGCGAGAUCAUACAGCAAAACCAAAUCGCGCAUUCGCUUGCGAACAUGCGCAGGGACUUCCUCGUCAUGCUCGUGCUUCUCCUCCUUGGCUAUGGGGCUGUUGUGAUAGGUCUGCUCUUACCCACCAAGCUUGUGUUUUUCCCGCCCGUACUUUACCUUCCGACACCCGAGAACCCCAGUGAAGAUGUUCUUGACCACAGUGAACAACAACAAACAGAAGAUGCAGCAGACGACGCGCUCCGCAAGCAGCGCCAGCGACCGUUGCGAAAAUUCAUGCUGUUGCCGCACGCGUUCGCGGCCGAUGGCACUCUGUCGAGUGUCUGCCAGUUUCAAGGCAGCAGCGCGGGAAAUAUCUGGACCUCUUGCCUCAUCGUCUACGCUGUGUGUGCGCUCCUCUCUCGCUACACGGUGAUUGCCGGCCUCUAUCCGCAUUGGUGCUCGGGCUUGCGCACGUGGUGGCACAGCGCUUCUCCUCUGCUCAAUUUCUCCGGGAUUUCCCCCCUGGAGAUGUUGCUUCGCGUUUUGUGGUUGGUACUUCCGUGUGUCGGCUUCAUGCUCACGGCAGCUGUGCCCAGCCCCACAGCCGACGCUCGUCGUGCAAUGGAACAGGAAAGCACCAAAGAAGCCAGAGAAGCUGUUCCUUCUUCUACCAAAGCCGAAGAAGAUGUUAAAAUGCGCGAAACGGAGACCGAUCGUGUACAAGUGGGAUCCCAUGACGCGAUAGAGUACUUUCGCUUGCGAAACACGCGGUGGCAAGUGGUCUUACACGCGGUGUGGUCUCCUCUCGCGAUGGCAGUGUUGGUACUUUUUCAGACCUACCAGUUUACUUUUGGCGAAGGGAUCUCGUUAACUGCUGCGAUUUUUGGAACGAUGGACGAGCAACUGGUCUUCGACGACGAGGUUCUACAUUACUGGGCACGUCAUCAGGCUCUUGGCGUAGAAGGAGUCUGCUCACCCCAGGAGCUUUCCUUGCGUGUGCAGUGGGCACCAAUGAUUUUCCGGCUUCGCGCUCUGUUCCUGGUGUUCUCGUGGAUCUUCUGUAGUGGAUUUGCGAUUCUCGUUUCCUUGCUUCCUCAGCGACAUGAUCGCGAACGCAGACCCUUCUCGACGACAUCCACUCCGAUUUUCCUGCCGUACGACGGAAGCGCCAGCCUUCUGCUUCCGAAGAUUUCCUAUGUACUCGAAGUGGCAGCAAUACUGUGCGUGCUCUGCUUGCCGUUCUUCCCCGUGAUGUACAACCUCUCCUUUCGCUUUGCCCUAGCGCCCGGACACGUUGCGGAAGACUACCAGCAAAUCCUGAUCGGCAGUGGUGAAAAUCUUCGGCACAUUUACAACAUUUUUUGGCACGAUAAGGAAGAAGCACCCGUAAAAUGGCGGGAGCCGAGGGUGAGGGGACCCGGUUUUGCGCCCGGCUUGAUAGACUAUCAGUGCACGACCAGCUGGGGCACGCACACGUGGAGGGAUCCGUCACUGUGCGAAUGGAUUCCGGGGUGGAACCAAACCGAGAAUGGGACAAACAUGUAUUUCUGGGACUGGGCGCCCUAUUAAUGUUUAUUUUC